AUGAUGAAUUAUAUGAAGCUUUUGAUCAUCGCCGUGAUUGUCCUUCCAGCGUUGGUCCAAUCUCGACAGGUAAAAUGUGACCGGUUGUUUGGAGAUUGCAUCGACGGUGGACAAGAAGUGAUCAUGAAGAUCAUGAGAUCAGGUUUGGAUGUGAGCCGUAGGAUUCUUCAAGCCGCGAGAUAUAUAAGCUACGAUGCAUUGAAGAACAAUACACCAGAUCAGGGACAUGGUAAACCUCGACCGGCUUACCCAUACCGACGAGGUUGUGAUGUCCAUACAACUUGUUACCGGUUUACGGAUUAA